CUUAUCAACAAACGUAAAAAAGAAAUAGAAGAUGGAAUAGAAACUGGUGAAAAAGAUUUUUUAACAAUUGUUUUAAAAGAUCAACAAAAAGAGGGCAGCAAGAUGACAAAUGAUUUGAUUAGAAAUAAUCUAGUAACACUUUUAAUUGCUGGUCAUGAAACAACUUCUGUAGCAAUGCAAUGGUGCUUAUACAUUCUUGGCAUAAAUUCAGAUGUUCAAAACAAGCUACGAGAAGACAUAAAGAAAAAUGUCUUUGAUAUAAAAAGUAUUACGUGUGAAGAAGUUUUAAGUAUUAAGUAUUUAGAUUGUGUAGUUAAAGAAGUGUUGCGCUUGCAUCCGCCUGUAUCAUUUAUAGGUAGAAUCAACACUAGACAAACAAACUUUGGUGAAUAUAAUGUACCUGCUGGCUCUUAUCUACGAGUUCCUAUUAACAGUGCUCAUAUGAAUGAGUCUGUUUAUCCUGAUCCUUAUUCAUUUAAGCCAGAGAGGUUUCUGACAGGUGAAAUACAACCAUAUUCCUACCUCACAUUUGGGCAAGGUAUUUUUAAUUGUAUUGGAAAGAAUUUUGCUUUGCUUGAAAUUAAAACAUUCUUGGUCAAAGCGUUGUUGCAAUUCGAAUUUUCUGUUGACCUUGAGCAUAUGAAUUAUAUAAAGAAAAUUUUCAUUUCUACUAAAACUGUUGAACCGUUAUGGAUAAGAGUGAAACCUAUAUAAAUGCAAAAAAGACAUGUGAUGGUUAAGCUACUUUAAUCAAGUGAAAUAUAAUAAUACUAGUAUCAAAACAACAAUGACAGUGAAGUCCUUCACUGUUAUUGUUGUUUAAAUACUAGUAGUUAUUUUUUUUGUUGUUUUUAACUUUUUACUCCUUAUUUGUUUUUCGUACUUAGUUAUAUUUUCAUUUUUUUUUUUUUUUUUGGUAUUUUUUUUUUUUUUUUUGCAAUAUACAAAAUUAGAUUAAUGCUAAUUUAUGCAAUUCAAAAUUAGAUUAUUUGGUGGAUUAUUACAACAUUUAUUAUUGAA